UAAUUUUCUCAUUCGUGACGUUAGGGUUUGUACGAACUGUAUAUAUAUGAUUCUGUAUGGGGCUAAUAAUGGAAUCAACAGAAGGUAGGCGUGAACACAGGUGUGGUUUCUGAAUGUAAACACAUGUGUUAGCUGACCUAUAUGGGACGGAUGUACCCGGUCGCGAGGACAGGUUUCGGAAAUAAUAUUAGCAUAGACCACACACCUUUAAGAAUAAUGACAAUGUUGCAAACUGUCUGUAGAAUGAUUGUUAUGUGGGCCAUCUUUGAUAUUGGUCAUGCACGGAACGGUCCCCCAAAGAUACUGCUCCAGCCUCAACAGUCAUUGUACUACUCGGCUGUCUCUAACUCUAGUAUAAUGUUAACGUGUGGCGCGGACGGGUCUACCCCUAUUAGAUUAUCAUGGGAAAGGAAUGGAGUCCCUGUAAAGUUUGAAAAAUUCGAAAACGGUGGCGGCGUUUUUGAUUUAAAUCAUGCAAUAAAUAACCCCGCCCAGACCGACGAGGGAGAAUAUAUUUGCUACGUCAGCAAUGACCUCGGCCACACCAUGACGUACCCAAUUCAGCUAACACAGGCAGUGUUAGAUGAUCAUUCUAAACAGAAUAUCGUUUACGAUGAGACAGCUGAACAGGGCAGUCCUUUUACACUACCAUGUGAAAUCCCUUACAGCGUACCGGAACCGGAAGUAUACUGGGUGAAGAUUACUACCACCAGUAGUGUAACACCGCAGAACCGAAUUCAAUAUGACGAACGAAUUACAUCAGAUAUCAACGGUAACCUUCACGCCCUCUUCAUUGAGAACUCAGAUACUGGAAGGUACAGAUGUGUCAUCUACAAUUCAUUGCUCCAAAAAACAACCUAUGGCCCGAUCUUCAACUUACAGACCACAGUUGGAAGUCAAACCACUGAUCCCGAACUGAUAUGGAACUCGGACGAGUUCCCGGUAGCGUUACACGGAAGUGACGUCAUGAUCAGAUGUAUCGUUGGAGGCAGACCGCUACCUCAAGUCGAAUGGUACGACGACACGGGAGCCCCGAUGAGAUUGAAUCAGGUGACAGAUUACGGCAGAACCCUGAUGUUGAGGAAUGUCCGGUUUACUGACGCUAGGUGGUAUCAGUGUAGCGUUCCUGGAACAACUUUUACUGGCGGCGUCAAUUUUCAACUUACUGUCGAAAAGAGCCCCUCUUGGAUCAGAAAACCUAAUCCAAUCAAAGCAAAUGUUGGGGAACAGGUUAGCUUCAACUGCAGUGCUUCCGGUGUACCCGAACCUACUAUCACGUGGUACAUUGACACGACUCCAGUCGCAGACGUUCCGGCCAAUAAAAAACCUUCCCGAAUAGAGAACACACAAUUAACAGGUUCCACAACGAGCAUUCUCCACUUCAUGGCAACUUCGUCCUUUACUGUCAUCUGUGAGGCCUCCAACAGCCAUGACUAUAUAUGGGAUGGGACCUUCCUAUACGCCGAAGGCAAAAACUUUGAUUCUUCAAUAUAACCGAUGAUGUUGAAAUAAUGUCCAAAUACA